AUGGUCGACAUUUUGCAGUUUGCAGAGUUGGUUGAACCAUGUCGGCGAUCCCUUGAUCCUCUCUCUUCUCAGUUUCCUUUGGAUCAUGACAGGGUUUCAUAUGACCCUGAUCCUGGAGAUGGAAUGGAUUUUGGCAUUGGGGGAGACCACUUCGACACAGCAGGAGAGGAACCAUCAAGUGCAGAGGAAUGGUACGAGGGUGCAGGGACUUGUUACUCUCAGGACGGCACAACCUUCUUGGACAUAUUCAACGCUGAUGAAUUCGCGAACUCAAACUAUCUUUCAACAAUGCUAAAGAAUUACGAAGCCGUGCCAAGAUGCUCCCCAAGGGACCAAGCUGGAAAUAGGGAUCCUGUUGAAUGCUUAGAGAGUCUGUUCAGCAACCCCCUCUUCCAUGACAAGCUCGACUUUGUCCCUCGUCGUGUGUACACUACUGCAGCGCAGGUUCUGCACGUAUAUUUGGAGUGGCUGAUGGGUGAUUUUGCUUGGGAUAUCCAGAACCAACUACCUAGAGGUGCUACAAUCCUUGGGACUGUACUAUCUUCCGACAAAACAAACAUCACCACUAUGACCGGUGCCAGGGUCGCUCAUCCACUUCUUCUAGGCCUUGCGAAUAUCCGCAUGUGCACUCGCACCAAACUCUCAUCUGGGGCAUUCCUACUUACAGCUCUCCUCCCUAUCCCACAGUAUUUGCACCCAAAUCAACAGAUGCGAGGCAUGCUCGAAGACCGCCUCAUACACGAGUGUCUUGUCAUUGUCUUGAAACCGUUGAUGAUAGCAGCCGAGAUUGGGAUCAUGAUGUCAGAUCCGGUGGGCAACAUUUGUCAUUGUUACAUGCCUCUUGCAGCCUACAUUGUCGACACCCCUGAGGCAUGCAUGCUUACAUGGCAAAACUUCUCCAUUCACCAUGGCAUCAUAUCUCAACUUGUGAACAUCAAGGCCGACCCCAAUAAACUCAAAGCUUUUUUUGAAGCAUGCACUGAAUACUGGCUAAAUGGUGUUCAUACACCUUUCUGGAUGUACUGGCUGUAUGCUGAUCCCUCAGUCUUUCUGACACUGGAAUCUCUGCACCACUGGCAUAAUAAAUUUUGGGAUCACAACCUUCACUGGUGUCUUGUAGCUGUUGGAGCGCUGGAACUUGAUUUUAGAUUCUCGAUUUUGCAGCCCAUCACAGGCUACCGCCACUUCUCUUGUGGAAUCUUAAAGCUCAAGCAAGUCACAGCGAGAGUUCACUGUGAUGUUCAGUGCUACAUCAUUGGUUUAAUUGCUGGUACAGCCCCUCGUCAUUUUGUAACCGCGAUCUGUGCCCUUAUGGAUGUCCAAUACAUGGCGCAAUCCCCUUCUCCUGAUGAUGACCUACUGACAUCUAUCGACCAAUCGCUCUUGAUAUAUCAUCAGAAUAAAGAUCUGGAGCUAAUGCAGAGCAUUACUGCUAGUAUGCGUAAAGUCGGUGCUCUCAUUCAAUGGUCUGCGGAUGCCACCAAACACGCUCACAUAUCUGAAAUCAAGGAUCCCACACGACAUACCAACAAUAACGAUUACGAUCCGCAAAUCUGUCAUCACUUGGAUCGAUUGGAGAAGCUAUGGCGCUUUGAAAUUGCCACGAUGCUAAAGAGUCAUGUCGUUGAUCCUGGUACUGAAACUGAGGAUGAGGGGGGCGAAGAAGAGGGUACUGCAUGUGAUGAAGAAGAACCAACUGAUCCAUGA